UGUCCUCAACAUAAGAACUAAUAUACAUUUUGAGACCGUAACCAGUUGGACUCGCUAACGGGAUCGCUGUUGUGUCUCUACAUCCGCGCAACCUCUCGCGAGACCGGAAACAGCUGAUCCGGGAAGAUGCGCAACAGAAAUUAUAUAAACAUUGGCGUUUAUUGAAUGAGCAUAGUAGAUAUUACAUUUUGAUAUUUCUGUUGACAUGAACGAAAAGGAACUUAAGAUACAUUUCACCCCAGGGCACGUGGAGGUGGUGCAGGAGAAUGUGGCCAUCCCCUAUAGGCGUGUGCUAGUGACAGGGGCCACAGGGCUGCUUGGGCGUGCGGUUUAUAAAGAGUUCCAGAAUAAUGCCUGGCACGCCUUGGGAUGUGGGUACAGACGGGCUCAGCCCCGCUUCCUACGAUGCAACCUAACGGACGAGGAUGCUGUGCGAGCUGUCAUUCAAGACUUCCAGCCCCAUGUGAUUGUGCACUGUGCUGCGGAGAGGAGGCCAGAUGUGGUAGAGCAGCACACAGAGGCAGCCCUGAACCUGAAUGUUCAUGCAUCUGGGACUUUAGCUAAAGAGGCAGCUGGGAUCUUCCUCAUCUACAUCAGCACUGACUACGUGUUUGAUGGUCGGAACCCUCCCUAUGGAGAGAACGACGCUCCUAAUCCUUUAAAUGUGUAUGGCAAGUCCAAGCUAGAGGGGGAGAGGGAGGUCCUGAGACACAGCCCUGGUGCGGCUGUGCUGCGAGUGCCCAUACUGUACGGAGAGGUAGAGCGUGUGGAUGAGAGUGCUGUGACGGUGCUGUGGGACAAGGUUCAGGAGGGGGCAGAGAGCUGCAGUGUGGAGCACUGUCAGCAGCGCUUCCCCACCUACGUCAACGACGUGGCUCGAGUCUGCAGACAGAUGGCUGAGCGGAGGCUCCAGGACCCAUCAAUACGAGGGAUCUUCCAUUACUCUGGAAAGGAACAAAUGACCAAAUACGAGAUGGCCUGUGUGAUUGCAGAUGCUUUCAACCUGUCCAGCAGUCAUUUGAUACCGAUGACGGAGCAGCCUGCUGGUGCGGGGGCUCAGAGACCUCAGAAUGCCCGGCUGGAGUGUUCCCGUCUUGAGCUGCUGGGCCUCGGCGUGGAGCCCAUCCCCUUUAAGACGGCAGUGAGGGAUAGCCUCUGGCCCUUCCUGUACGACAAGCGCUGGAGGCAGACCGUCUUCCAUUGAUCGGCGUCAGGAGGCCAAACCCACUGGAUCAAGAGCAACCCUUUACCUACUUCAAGCUUUGACUUCUGCCUGCUCCUUAAUUGAGAAUGUAUUUCAUCGUGUAUUAGGAAGUAACUGAUUCAGAGAAUUCACUGACUCUUUCCUGCUGGAAUGAAUGCACAUUGCCUGUGUACCUAACGCAUGUAGUGAUUUGACCAUUUUGAGAAUUUUGUUUGAAUGUGUAGCUAAAGAAUUUAAAUUCAAUGUUCCCUUAUCUGCUGGAUCAAUUAAUUUAGGUAAUUUAUGUGAAGCCACUGUAGAAAACUGAAAUGUCAAAUUUUCCAUACCAAUUAAUGGCAUAUGUAGUCUAAAGAUGUUACUAAAGACAGAAUUUACUUUUUUAUUUUUGAAAUACAUUUUGUCAAUGGGUUACUUAUGUAUGCCAACUUUUUACUCAAAUGAAGAAAAAAAAAAUGCUUGUUUCUUCACACAAACCCAGGCUGGGUUUCAUUCUGUUGGUGAAGGAGACAUUUUUAUUUUAUUUAUUAGUCUGUAUCAUGCACUAUUUGUAAUUCAAGCACAAUAUACAAUCGUACUGAAAGACACAGCAAAAAAUAAAGAAAUCGGUAUCUUGUGA